AUGGCGAUCUGUACUUAUAACGCACGUACGCUUGCAUCGGAAGCGGCCAUCGAAGAUCUGAUGAUGCAAGCCAAGAAGAUCAAGUACGACGUCAUCGGACUGACCGAGACGAGACGAGGUCACCCACCCAACGCCGUAUAUGAAACUGGAGAAGAACUGUUCUUCGGAACAUGCGACAGUAGAAGUGUUGGUGGAGUUGGCGUCCUCGUCAACACGAGUAUGGCAAAGAACAUCGACUCUUUUGAACAACUUACGACCCGAAUCGGACGUCUGCGGAUGAGAAGAUGUGGCCCAACACCAGCUUUGACUAUCUUCGUCGCUUACGCUCCAACAUCAAGCUAUGAAGAAGAAGAAGUCGAAGCUUUCUAUAUGGACCUGGAGAAGUUCUACCAAGAAGACCAUGCCUUCUACAAGGUCAUAAUUGGCGAUUUCAACGCCAAGGUUGGCCCAAGAAGAACGCCGGAGGAACCUCACAUCGGGACCCACGGCCUACAAUGGAAUGAUCAGGGGGAGAGGCUCUCCGAGUUCAUCAUGAUGACUAAGACCAUCCAUGGGAACUCGCAAUUCCAGAAGCCCUCCUCUCUACGCUGGACGUGGGAGUCACCCAGUGGAGGGUACCGUAAUGAAAUAGACCACAUCAUCGUCAAUAAAAGCUUCUGCCUGAUAGAUGUCGGUGUUGUACCAAAGUUCUAUACGGGAUCGGACCAUCGCCUCCUCCGAGGAAGAUUUUCCUCCACAAGGAGAGCAGAGAAAGCCGCCAAGUUCAGAGGGAGAAAUCCCAAGACUAUCAUCAACUGGGAUAUCUUCGCUACGUUAGCCGGCUUUUGGGAAGAUUCCGCAAUGAACAACAUCGACGAGGAAUAUGACCGGCUUGUUGAACACCUUCACGACUGUGCGAAGAAGGCAGAGAGUUUUAAAACCACCAAGAGUUUCAAGAGGCGCUUGUCUUUUGAAACUCUUGAGCUGAUACGCCAGCGUGGAGCAGCACGAGCCGCAGGGAACCAAGAACUCACGUCCGAGCUCGCGAGGCUUUGCAGAGAGGCGAUAAAGGAAGACCUUAAAGAGAGAAGAGCAGAAGUGCUGGUUGAAACUGCAGAGGCGGGGAAAAGCAUCCGCUAUGCCCGUCGAGACUUUGCUAAUCGCAAGACGAGGAUGACUGCUCUCCGGAACCCAAAGGGAACAGCCAUUGCAUCGAGAAGGGGGAUGGAGAAAAUCAUCUACGACAUCUACUCUGAUCUCUUCGACAGCCAUGUCCACUUGUCUCCUCACCAUCUGAGGGAAGACGAACAUAUCAUUCCAGAACACCUGAAGAACCUUCCGCCGGUACUCAUCAACACCCUGGCGAGGCUAUUCACACGGUACCUGUCGGAAUGCAAGGUUCCUAAACAGUGGAAAACCAGCAAGACCGUGUUGUUGUAUAAAAAGGGAGAUCCACAUGACAUUGGCAACUAUCGUCCAAUCUGCCUACUGUCCGUCAUCUACAAGCUCUUUACAAGAGUGGUCCUUAAUAGGAUUGAAAAAGUCCUGGAUGAAGGACAGCCAUGCAAGCAAGCAGGGUUUCGAAAAGGAUUCAGCACGAUUGAUCACAUUCACACCGUUUCGAAACUCAUCGAGGUAUCACGAGAGUACAAGAUGCCGCUCUGUCUCACAUUCAUCGACUUGAAGAAGGCCUUCGACUCAGUUGAGACGGAAGCGGUCGUGGAAGCCUUGGACAACCAAGGCGCCCCUACUCAGUACAUAAAGGUACUUCGAGAGUUGUACAGUAACUUCACGACCGGAAUUUCGCCAUUCUACAAGAACAUCAUCAUUGACGUGAAGAGGAGAGUCCGACAGGGUGAUACAAUUUCACCCAAAAUAUUCACAGCCACCCUCGAGAACCCAAUGCGAAAGUUGGAAUGGGACUACAUGGGAGUGAAGGUUGAUGGUCGGCAGCUACACCAUUUGCGCUUUGCUGAUGACAUCGUACUGAUAACACCUAGCAUCAGCCAAGCGGAACGAAUGCUGACCGUAUUCGACGAAACAUGUGGAUGCAUCGGUCUUCAGCUGAAUCUACAAAAGACGAUGUUCAUGCGGAACGGAUGGGUCUCGGAUGCCCCAUUCACGCUCAACGGAACGAACAUAUCCGAAUGCACCAGCUACGUUUAUCUGGGUCGGGAACUGAACAUGAUGAAUGACCUGACCCCCGAGCUGGGCAGAAGGAGACGAGCGGCUUGGGAAGCGUACAAGAGCAUCGAGGAUGUAGUGAAGAAGACCAGGAACACCCGGCUCCGUGCUCACCUCUUCAACACCACCGUACUUCCUGCUUUGACCUAUGCUUCGGAAACCUGGGCAUUUCGCAAGCAGGAAGAAAACGCGGGUACUAAUGCGCUGGUUUUGAAGUAUCCAAGAAAACAAUAUGGUGUACGGAAGAAGCCGCCAUUCAUGAGACCCACCGUGACCAAACAGAAGUUGUCGCAAUAG